CGCCAGAGUUGAAGCCAGAGGAGAAGCUGCUGCAGGUGAAGCAGCUGAUGGAGUACUACAGGAAGAAGGUGUCGCACUGGGAAAGACACUUCAGUCUGCUCUGUUCCUUCUUGAUCCUGCUGCGUCUCAAACCACCUGUUGCCCAGGCCCCCCAGCGGCCCACCAGCUCUCUGUACUCAGCUGCUUGUUCAUGAUGGCCGUAAAGUCAUGUGAGGGUCUCUGCAGACGACAGGAUUCUGUUCUAUGCUGGAAGGCUGAACUGUACAAAGUGAAAAGGAACGGUGCGAGUACAGUGCCUUGUGGUGCUCCAGUGCUGCCGGUCAGACAAACACACACACACACCUUCAGUCUUAUAAAACCUUUGUGAGGAAGUCACAGAACAAGCAGUUGUUGGAUCAAUAACUGAUCUAGUGAUCCGCCGUUCUCUCAAUGCUCUGCCUGGGUUGUUAGUGCUUAAAUGGAUCUAAUCUGUUUACCAUGAAUCUCAUAUUUCCUAUUGUUGUGAAAGACAUGACUUUAAUUUUCAGUCAAGUUUUUACCAUUUUCUUUUUGCUUUUUCACAAUUGCUUCUGUCACUUUGUACCGAUGGACCAUUUGUCCACAGGGACAUCUUCCUGCUGGAGACGUUUCAGCAUGGAAGUUUACUGAGUUACAGCAGGAAGAGGAGCUGAAAGAGUAAACUUGGUUAAAGGUUUCAGCUGAGCUGUCUUUGGUAAAGAGUUUUGUUCUAAUAUCUCUCUGGGUCAAUGAACCAGCAAAACUUUCCCAGUUGACAGAAACAUGAUGAAAUUGGGCAACAUGGCAUUACAGGUGCUGUGGUAGCAACUAUUUGUCUCCAAAGAGACGGGUAGCAACACAAACAUAUCCAACUCAAAAAGAACCAAAUUGAAAAAGAAAAAUUAGAUUUAGAACGACGACGAUGGAAGGAUUCAUUUCAGUUCAUGCAAGAAACUGGAUCCAUGAUUUGGAUCAUGACAAAACAUAAUUCAGAUCUUUUUCUCAAUUUAAAAGAAAUGUGAACAUUAUGGUGAAGCGAUUUGGUGUUGAAAUAAGCUGAUGUUCAUUUUUUGUGUCUUCUGAGCUGAAGAGCUCAUUUUGUCUUCUGUGAAUGGGGGCGAAAUUAAGGUCAUACUUCUUUCUGCUCCUUUUUAUUCGUGAUUUCUUUUUAUACCUUCAUUCACACUUAUUAUUGAGUUAAAAAAAAGACAUGAAAAUAAUGAAAUACAAGGUCUUUCCAGCAGCACAGCAUCCCAACGCUGCAGUUCUACCAACAAUCCCCUGCAUUCACCUGCAUCCAGCAUGAUGCUGUCACCACCAGGUAUCAGGCUGCACAUGACGAAAGAAGCUCUUCGUAGAGGCGGCUACUCUGACCAACGUCUCGCUGAUGGAGCAAAAGAUGACUUAUGAUCCGAACGCCAGCUGGCUGAGGUUCCACCUGGGAAUCAACCGCUACGCCCUGUACGCCCGGGACGACCCCGCCAUCCUCCAGCUUCUCACCGACAUGCAGAACAUGACCAUCGUUGGCGCAGAUUACACCCAGGAUGAGAAAGCGCUAAAAGGAGCGUGUGACUGCACUCAAGUGGUGAAACCGAGCGGCCAUCACCUGAAGCUGGCCCUGAAGAUGAGCAACUUUGGCAAAGCGAUGUUCAAACCGAUGAGGCAGCAGAGAGAUGAGGAAACUCCAGGGGACUUCUUCUACUUUGUGGACUUCCAGAGACACAACGCGGAGAUCGCAGCCUUCCACCUGGACAGGAUCUUGGACUUCCGGAGGGUUCCGCCGGUGGCCGGCAGGCGAGUCAAUGUAAGCGGAGAAGUCCUCCAUGUUGCCCAGACCGAAGACCUGCGGGCCGUGUUCUUCACCUCACCAGCAAACAACACGUGUUUCUUCGCCAAGUGCCUGUAUGUGUGUAAGACGGAGUACGCUGUGUGUGGGGCCCCCGACCUGCUGGAGGGCUCCCUGUCCGCCUACCUGCCGGGCCUCACUGUGGCUCCUCGCCUCUCCAUCCCAAAUCCAUGGAAACGCUCCUACACCUUCUCCGGACGAGAGGAGUGGGAGGUAAAUCCUUUCUACUGCGACUCCGUUAAACAGGCAUAUCCUUAUAACUCUGGCAACCGCUUGCUCAACAUUAUAGACAUGUCCAUCUUUGACUUCCUGAUAGGUAACAUGGACAGACACCAUUACGAGAUCUUUACCAAGUUUGGAGAUGAAGGAUUACUUCUGCACUUGGACAACGCCAGAGGGUUUGGGAAGCAUUCCCAUGAUGAGAUGUCCAUCCUGGCUCCACUGUCUCAGUGCUGCAUGAUAAAGCGUUCCACGCUGCUGAGACUCCAGCUUUUGGCCCGACCACGCUUCAGACUCAGCGAUGUGAUGAGAGAGUCUCUGGACGGGGAUCCUUUAAGGCCGGUGUUGACCGAGCCCCACCUGUUGGCGCUGGACCGCAGGCUGCAGAAGGUCCUGCGGGCGGUGCAGCGCUGCGUCCGGCGGCUUGGCCAGGACCAGGUCAUCACUAAGGACUUCACAAGACCCACAGCGACUCCUCAGAGCGCAACGCAGAGGGAAAACAACAGGUAGCUGAGGACUGAGAUGCUUCUGGUCAACAGAAGCUGCCUGGGAUGACCUGCAGUCACCAUGGAAACCGAGGAGGAUCAGACUGGAGUUGAAGGAACAAGAUGUCAGGAGAUCCUUAAAGAGAACUCGGACAAAGACGGAACCACGACAGGACCGAGCAGAGUUUGAAACUAUUUAUCAUUUAAAUUAAGCUAAACUAAAACCGCCAUCAUAAACACACACACACACACACACACACACACACACACACACACACACAUACACACACACACACACACACACACACACACACCACACACACACACACACACACACACACACCAUCAUAAGCAACAGAGACACAGGAUCCUCAUCAUACUGGCUUCUCUGGAAAAGAUGAGAGAAAAGCCUUAAAAUGCAGUAGUCCUGUUUUUUCUUGCAGUAGCAGAAUUUACAUCGACACAUUUGAAAAUUCUACCUUUAAUAUUAAUCCAUUUAUUCUUGUGGAAAAAAAGAGAUCCUAUUUUGACAAAUCAUGAAUUUUUAACUGAAUCCUUAAACCAAUUCUGUAAAAAUAGAGAAAAAAAAUCUCAGUUUUAAUUGUAGUUAGCCUAAUAACAUAAUAGGACUUAAGCAAUUAUGCUGUUACUUUAACAAUUUGUUUUCCUUAGUUGCUCAAAAAAAUGUUAAUUAGUAAUUCAUGACUUCCUGUUUUCCAUGGAGCUAUUUGGCAACAAUAACUGGUCUAGUCUGAACUUGGACACACAGUUUGGGGUCCAUUAAAAAAUCUGACACAACCAGAAGUUUGAGUCUAGACAAGAACACGUGUUCAUCAGGAGGCUGUGCACAGCGAGCUAACGCUUCCUGAAAGGUCAGAGAACUUGAGGUCACCUGAGGUCACCAAGCCUCCAUAAGAGAAAUAACACACCAUCUCCAUGCCAACCAGAUGUCAUAAUUCAACUCUUUCUCCACUUAUUAAGUGCACUGAAAUUAGAGGUUUGAAUUAGGCCCGAGCAGCUAAGCGCUGCGAAGGCCUAUUGUUUUCCUAUUGUUUAUUAGGCCCGAGCAGCUAAGCGCUGCGAAGGCCUAUUGUUUUCCUAUUGUUUAUUAUUAUUAUUAUUAUUAUUAUUAUUCUUCCACCCAAAUGAAUUGGCUUUUUGGGGGCUUUAUCAUAU